AUGGCAGCGGAGGAGUCUCUGUAAGAACUGCUGGGGCAGAAAAGCAAAGGAAAAAAAAGAAUCGGCAGCAUUCGAGGGAUCGGCUGGGCAGGGAAGCAACUGAGGAUUUCGCUUCUGAAAGGAUUCGUGAAAUUCCUAAUGUGAUGGAACAAGGAGAGGAGCCUCAUAUUCCAGAUCUCCAGGGAUCAGAGGGCACCAAGACUUUUCCAAAUGUUACCUCGGGUUUUCCUAAUGUGAAAGAAGAAGAAGAGGAGGAAGAACAGCUGCGGGUACCAAAUCACCAGGGCUGUGAGGGAAGCGAGACCAUCCCAGGUGCUCAGUCAGGGUUCCCUGAUGUGAAGAUAAAGGUGAAGGAGGAGGAGGACCCGUGGCUUCCAGAUCAUCAGGUUUUUGAAGAAAACAAGUCACUCCUAACUGCUGAUUCAGGAUUUUCAGCUCUCAAAUCUGAAUUGACUCCCCAGCCACAACAAGGGGAAGAGCCUUGGAUUCCGAAGCAAAAGGUCUUGGGUGAAAAUGAGGACCCAGAUCACAAGUCAGGUUUUCCUGAUGCGACAGCAAAGGUGGAAGGAAAUGAAUCUUGCAUCUGUAAUCUUGAAGGCUCAGAGCAGAGCGAAACGGCCCAAGGAUCCUGCUUGGAGUUUCCUAUUGUGACAGUAAAAGUGGAAGAAGAAGAGGAGCCAUGGGUAUCAGAACAUCAGGGCUACGAGGAAGGAUUCCCUGGUGUGAUAAUAAAGGUGGAACCAGAAGGAGAACGAUGGGGCUUGGAUCUCCAGGCUUCUGAGGAAAGUGCAGCUGUCUCAGGAGUUUUGUCAGGUAACGGGUGUGUGAAAGAAGAGGAGACUUUUCUUCCAGGAAACAUGAAGCAGGUGGACUACAAUAAAGCAGCAUUCGUUGUGGCCAAAGGGAAUGUCUUCCGGUGCCUGGGGAAGGCUGACCAGUACAGAGCUGAAAGGCAGCAGGGAAGCCAUUCAGGGAAGAGAGCUGGAAAGAAACCAUACAAAUGUUCUUAUUAUGGAAAAAUCUUCAUUUGGAGAAAAUACUUCCUGGCCCAGGAGAGAACCCAUGCAGGAGAGAAACCAUAUACGUGUUCAUUUUGUGGGAAGACCUUCCACGUGAGAUCAUACCUUCUGGCCCACGAGCGAACCCAUACAGGAGAGAAACCACACAAAUGCUCGCUUUGCGGGAAAGGCUUCAAUGUGAGGUCUUACCUGAUUGCCCACUGGAGAACCCACACAGGAGAGAAGCCGCACAUAUGCUCAUUCUGUGGGAAAAGCUUCAGUGGGCGGUCAAAUCUUAACAGACACCAAAGAAGCCACACGGGAGAGAAACCAUAUGCGUGUUCAGUCUGUGGAAGAAGUUUUAGCCAUAAAGCACACAUGAUUAGACACGAGAGAAUCCAUACAGGAGAGAAACCCUACAAAUGUUCACAGUGUUUGAAAAGCUUCAGCCAGAGUUCCACACUCAUUGCACAUGAGAGGACCCACAUGGAGAAGCCCUAUAAAUGCUCACACUGUGAGAAAAGCUUCAGCCAGAGCACCAAGCUUGCCACACAUGAGAGAAGCCACACGGGAGAGAAACCCUAUGAGUGUCCCGCCUGUGGGAAAGGCUUUAACCACAGGUCAGAUUAUAUCAUACACGAGAGAACCCAUACAGGAGACAAACCGUACGCUUGCUCCAUCUGUGGGAAAGGAUUCAGCGGGAGGUCCAACCUUACUAGACAUGAAAGAAGCCACACAGGAGAAAAACCCUACCUGUGCUCAGUUUGUGGCAAAGGCUUCUGCCAUAAAGCGCACCUCCUUCGACACGAGAAGAUCCACACAGGCGAGAAGCCCUAUAAAUGCUCGAAUUGCGGCGAAAGCUUUAAGCAUAGAACAGAUCUCAUCGGCCACGAGAGAAGUCAUUCAGGGGUCAAACAGUAUACCUGCACAACCUGUGGGAAAAGCUUAAGUGGGAAAUCAAACCUCAACAGACACAAGAGAAGCCAUACUGGUGAGAAACCCUAUACCUGCUUGGUCUGUAGCAGAAGCUUCAGCCAUAAAGCUCACCUGAUUAGACACGAGAGAAUCCAUACAGGAGAGAAACCGUAUAAAUGCUCACACUGUAUGAAAAGUUUCAAUCAGAGCUCUACCCUCGUUGCCCAUGAGAGAACCCACACAGGAGAGAAACCGUAUAAGUCCUGAGUCUGGAAAGUAGCUUUUGUUUAGGUUCAAGUGCUAGUGAUUGUGAAGUAAUCACGUCUUUUGUCUUUUUAAAAUACAUACAUUGCCUUGGGGA